AUGAAAUCUUUGUACAGCGACAUAAACUCCGACAAUAAAAAAGACGGAAUGAAAUACAUAACAAGUUCUGUUUACAAUAUAAUAAAAAAUAACGAUGGUGUCACUUACGCAUACAUUUGUGAAAAUAUACAAAUGACUAGCAAAAAAACUUUAUACAGGCGAAUUUAUGACGUGUUAAACGUGAUGAAAGCUGUGCAAAUUAUUGAUAAAAAGAAUAAGAAAUACUUUAUGACUAACAGUAAAGAAUCAAUUAAUAAGAAAAAAGAAGAGAUUUGUAAAUUACAGGACAUGAAAAACGUGUUCGAAUACCUGGUACACAAAAAUAGCAAUAUCGAUAAUUCUGACAAAGAUAAGUUGUAUUUACCAUUUAUGAUAAUAAAAACAAGUCAGGAUUCUGUAAUUCAUUGUGAUACAAACGAAGAAAGAUCGUUUUUUUCAUUUAAAUCGUCAAAAGAAAUAGAGCUUGUGGAAGAUUUAGAAAUAUUGAAAGAAUUGUAUCAGGCUGAAAAUAAUGUGGAAAUUAACAAUAUUACAUCGAAAGAAUCAUUGGACAGCAUGUAUUUUUAA